UCUCAUGGAUGCCACAUCUUUCCAUCUUCCACAAGUAGCAUACAUGUUGGAAAGCAGCAUGAUGUAAGGUCGAGCAUUGAGCGGAUCCAAUUCAAAGAGAUGCCUAGCUGCCAUCUCUGCGUGUUUGAUCUCACCCUUGAUUGCACUAACAGAUAGAAGGGUAGACGAAGGUGGUGGUUCGUCGAAAACCAGAUCUGUCGAGGACUGCAGAGAGAAAGAGAGAGGGAGAGGGAGACGGUUAGGAUGUGCGGAGAAGGAGAAUUCUUUGGAUGUUGAAGGCUGCAUUCCGCGGUGGUAGUUCAUCGGCGGCGGGCGUUCGGUUGUUGGGUGGAAAUUUUCUUUUGGGAAGGAGGAGACGUUUUUUCAAAAGAAUUUGUGAGAGAGAGAGAGAGGAAGAAAGUAUAUAGGUUUAAAAUUCAAAAAUUCAAAAUGUGUACACGUGGCAUGUUCCAGGCCGUUCGAUGUAAUGAAUGGCCUGGACUGUCGAAAUAGAGAAUUCGGGAAUUUCAAAGAGUAGCCGGGGAUCCUGAUCCCCCUCUCUCUCUCUCCAGCUGCGAGAAUCGAAGCAGCCAUGGAAGCAAUACUUCCUGCCCCAGCAAGCAAAGAGGUGGUUUCAAGAUACCCGGCGACCAAGUGAAAGUGAACAGCCCCGAGCACACCCUUUGUUUUCUACUCUUUCUCUCUUCUAAGAAAAACGAAAAAUCUCUCGAAGCAGCCAUGGAAGCAAUACUCACAGACUGCGUACAGAACAGCCUUCAUCAUUUCAUGUACCGAAACGCCAUUUUCAUCUGCGAACGCCUCUGCGCUGAGUUCCCCUCCGAGACGAAUAUGCAAUUAUUAGCUGGCUGUUACUUGCACGAUAAUCAAUCUUAUGCCGCGUACCAUAUUUUGAAGGGAAUGCAAAUGGCUCAGUCCCGCUACUUGUUUGCACUGUCAUGCUUUCAGAUGGAUCUUCUUAAAGAAGCCGAAGCUGCAUUAUGUCCUGCUAAUGAGCCAGGUGCAGAGAUUCCAAAUGGUGCAGCCGGUCAUUACCUUCUAGGGCUUAUUUACAGGUACACUGAUAGAAGAAAAAGUGCUGUACAUCAUUUUAAGCAGGCAUUAUCAGUAGAUCCUUUAAUGUGGGCUGCAUAUGAGGAGCUGUGUGUAUUAGGUGCUGCUGAAGAAGCAACUGCAGUUUUUGGUGACGCAGCUGCUCUUUGCAUACAAAAGCAAUAUUUAUCCCAUGGAUCUGCUUCCCAAAGCUUGAACAUGCCAAAUGAGGAUCGUAGCGCAGUUUCUGCUAGGAACUUUGGUCCAGGCCCAGAUGAUGCCAGUCCAAGGCAAUUAAAACACAUGCAAGGCAAUAACCUAAGAGAUAUUCCUGGUAAUUAUCAUGGAGCAGCUGCUGUUCAGUCUUCAAAUGGUGGUUCAUCAAACAUAUCAUUCUAUAAUACUCCUUCACCAAUGGUUUCACAGUUGUCAGGUGUUGCUCCACCACCUUUGUACAGAAAUGUGCAGCCAAAUGUCCCAAACCCAAGCAUACCCAUUGCUGAUAGCUCUCCAAGGUCAACUGUGAACUCUACUAUUCAAGCCCCUCGAAGAAAGUUUGUGGAUGAAGGAAAAUUACGGAAGAUUUCUGGGAGGUUAUUUUCUGAUUCUGGCCCUCGUCGAAGUACAAGGCUUUCUGGAGAUGGAGGGGCCAACGCAAAUGUGAGUGCCACAAUGGCUGUUGGAAAUGGAACUAGCAACUCUUCUAAAUAUUUUGGAGGGUCCAAACUGAGCUCUAUGGCAUUUCGUGCUGUGACAGUUCGUAAGGGUCAGUCAUGGACAAAUGAAAAUAUUGAUGAAGGGAUACGCAAUGAGAAUUUUGAUGAUUCUCGAUCAAAUAGCACAUUGACAACUUCUAGUUCAUCUCCCUCUGGUGAUACUAGAUCACUCGAACAAGAAGGAGCAGUCAUUCCAAUUAAUGCAGAUAUCAUGAAUGGCUCAAGAUCCAUUAGUGGUGCUUCAGAAAUAAUGGACCUUUUGAGAACUCUUGGGGAAGGCUACAGACUUUCCUGCAUGUACAGGUGCCAGGAAGCACUGGAUGUCUAUCUUAAGCUUCCACAGAAGCAUUAUAACACAGGCUGGGUGCUUUCCCAGGUUGGAAAAGCAUACUUUGAACUGGUAGAUUAUUUAGAAGCUGAUUGGGCCUUCAGUCUUGCCCGCCAGGCAUCCCCUUACAGUUUAGAAGGAAUGGAUAUGUAUUCAACAGUUCUUUAUCAUUUGAAGGAAGAUAUGAAGUUAAGUUACCUGGCUCAAGAACUUAUAUCAACUGACCGCUUAGCUCCUGAAUCUUGGUGUGCUAUGGGAAAUUGCUAUAGCUUGCAGAAAGACCAUGAAACUGCUCUGAGAAAUUUCCAGCGAUCCGUUCAACUUAAUCCAAGAUUUGCAUAUGCACACACACUUUGUGGUCAUGAAUAUGUAGCUUUGGAGGAUUUUGAUAAUGGAAUUAAGAGCUACCAGAGUGCACUUCGGGUUGACACAAGACAUUAUAACUCCUGGUAUGGGCUUGGAAUGAUAUAUCUUCGCCAAGAAAAGUAUGAGUUUUCAGAGCAUCACUUCCGGAUGGCUUUUCAGAUAAAUCCAUACUCUUCUGUUAUAAUGUGUUAUCUUGGUAUAGCUUUGCAUGUCUUAAAGAGAAAUGACGAAGCUUUGGUGAUUAUGGAGAAGGCUAUUUUAGCAGAUAAGAAGAAUCCUCUUCCCAUGUAUCAGAAGGCUAAUAUCCUAGUGAGCUUGGAAAAAUUUGAUGAAGCCCUAGAAGUCCUGGAGGAGCUUAAAGAGUAUAUCCCUCGUGAAAGCAGUGUAUUUGCUUUGAUGGGUACCAUUUAUAAGCGGCAUAAUAUGCAUGAAAAAGCGAUGCUUCAUUUUGGUCUUGCUUUGGAUUUGAAACCACCUGCGACAGACGUUGCUGCCAUUAAGUCUGCCAUUGAGAAGUUGCAUGUGCCUGAUGAACUAGAAGAGGAGAUGUAGAUCCACUUUCUCUUCACAGGCAGUAUUGGAGAAUGAUCUAAACUAUUCGGCUCAGAUCAUUUGGCCCCAAGGAGUUUGGCCUGCUUGUGCUUUCGACGGAUGAUGAAUAAAAUGGCUUGAUGCUUGAUGCUUGAGGCCUGAUUGUUUGUGCCGGCACCCCUUCUAGUUGGCUGAUUAUGUGAAGUGACCUCAGUUGUGGGGGUGAUUCGCAUACUAACGGAGGAUGAUGUAACAAAGGUAUAAAAAAGCUCUCAUACUUGUAUGGAUAGUGGUAUCAUGAUGCCAAAGAAAAAGUCUUGUAUCAUUAGCCUGUAUUAGUUGUUCAUAGGUGUAGUUGACUCGCCAAUACAUUGAUACUAGGGUUUGAUUCUGCACCCAUCCUUUGACAAUGGAGUGAUUUACUUUUUGAUUUCACAAUUGUGGGACUCAAGUUUAUCCUUUACUUGAGUUGCCUCUUCAGAUUAUAGCUUGUUUGUGAUUUGUGCUAACAGGCCUUUGCUGCAGCCAUUCCACUGAACAAUCUAAGGUUUUAGGGGUCAAAUGGUGUCCAUAUAAAUUGUAAUCGUAAUUGAAAGAAGAUGAAUAAACUCCAAUUUAUUUCUAUACA